AUGGCGUCGAGGUAUGACCGAGCGAUCACGGUGUUCUCGCCGGAUGGACACCUCUUCCAGGUGGAGUACGCCAUCGAGGCCGUCAAACGGGGGUCUUCGGUAGUCUGCGUGAAGGGCAAGGACUGCGUGGUGUUGGGGGUGGAGCGGCGAGCGACCGCCAAGCUCCAGGACCCUCGCACGAUCCGCAAGAUCGUCAAGAUCGACAGCCACAUCACGCUGGCCUUCGCAGGGCUUACGGCUGACGCACGCGUGCUCGUGGACAAGGCGCGGCUGGAGUGCCAGAGCUACCGGCUCACGUGCGAGGACGCCCCGUCCAUCGAGUACGUCGCCCGCUUCAUCGCGCGCACGCAGCAGCGCUACACACAGCGCGGCGGCAUGCGACCGUUCGGGGUUUCCUCCAUCCUGGCUGGAUUUUCGCAGGACGGGACACCGCAGAUCUACCAGACGGAUCCGGCCGGUACGUACUCUGCGUGGAAGGCCAACGCCAUCGGCGGGAGCAACAGCAACAACAUGCGAGAGUUCUUGGAGAAGAACUGGGCGAACGACAUGGACGAGGGGGCGGCGAAGAAGCUCUGCAUGAAGGCAUUGCUGGAGGUGGUGGACUCGGGCGCAAAAAACAUGGAGAUUGCCAUCGUCAGGUUCGGGAAGGCCAACGAGAUGAUGACGGAAGAGAUGAUGCAAGCGGUCGCGGCCGAGCUGGAGGCGGAGGCGGAGGAGGCGAAGGAGGCUUCAGCGGGAGACGUGCAAAUGACGUAGAUAGCAGCAAAAAACCGUAGAACCUACAUAAACACGCCGGGUUGUUGGCGCUAUUUCUCGUCUCAUGUAGGGGGAUGGGGGAGGAUACAAACACGCGGGGUUGUUGGCGCUAUUUCUCUUCUUUCGGAGGCAAUAUGAGGGUUAGGCUGCUGCUGUAACCCCCAUGUGCAAGACUCGCAAACGUUAAUCACACGCGAGCCUGGCUGGCGUUUUGUUGAUCCGCCAUGUGGUGGUGUUGGUCUGUGUUUGCGCUUACCUGAUGUGAUGGCUUGCUACUAGUAGUGGUUGUCCGUGUCGGAGGGUCAACAAAAGACAGGCGGACGAGUCAACCCGAAAAUGCGGUACGUUGUGGUCUCACUUCUGGCACGGGUGUGCCUUUAACCAUCGAUUGCCGGAACGAAAGCAGGGCUUACACGACCGUUCUUUUGGUGGUUUGCCGGUGGCUAUUUGGCGUUAUUCGAGAAGACAAAGGGGGGCGACGUAGGGGCCUCAGAUAAACGAAAACCACGAUAUGCGGGCUUAGGCCCUUGUGACUC